GCAUCGCUGGUUCCAGCCAUGAUAGCUUUGUUAUUCUCAAUCACGAUAGUUUUUGGUAGUUUGCAGGUGGGACCGGUUUAUUCGGGCACGGUUAACUGGGCGCGAAGUCUAAACGAUGAAACAUGGACCCACCACAACUACGCAUCAACCCUUGCUUUUCUGAAACAACUGACUAAGGAGUAUCCCAAAAUUACCCAUCUGUACAGCAUUGGUAAGUCCGUCCAAGGAAAGGAKCUAAUGGUUCUGGCAUUGUCAAAUACUCCCGACAAGCACGAGCCGGGAAAACCAGAAUUCAAGUACAUUGGCAAUAUGCAUGGUAACGAGAUAGUAGGCAAAGAACUACUGCUGAAACUGGCAAAGUAUUUAUGCGAAAAUUACAACRAAGACAGUAAUAUCACCCGGAUCAUGAACACGACUAGGAUUCAUUUCCUACCCUCCAUGAAUCCAGAUGGCUACGAGCUUGCGUUCCAGGGAGAUAACAGGAAGAACUGGAUUAUUGGUAGGAAUAACGCUAACAAUGUCGACCUUAACCGAAACUUUCCCGAUCAGUUUGYGAAAACGCCCACUGGAGCUCCACAGCCCGAAACCAAAGCCGUUAUGAAAUGGAUCCACAAAAUCCCUUUYGUUUUGAGCGCCAACUUACAUGGUGGGUCACUCGUAGCAAACUACCCUUAUGAUGAUAGCCCAACAGGACGCAGUGAGUAUAGUGCUUCUCCUGAUGAYGAUGUAUUUCAAGAUUUGUCUAAAGCCUAUUCAGAGAACCACCCCACCAUGCAUCUGAAAAAUCCACCAUGGGACUGCCCUGAAGUCCCGCCAGAUCACUUUGAUGACGGUAUUACUAAUGGAGCUAAAUGGUACAGCGUGUCAGGRGGGAUGCAGGACUACAACUAUGUCCAUUCUAACUGCUUUGAGAUCACUGUAGAGCUGGGAUGUAAGAAAUUCCCUUCAGAAAAGGAUUUACCAAAAUACUGGGCAGACAACAAGAAACCCAUGCUGGAGUUUCUUGACAAGGUUCACGAAGGAUUCAAGGGUUUUGUCAAGGAUCGUCAUGGUGUACCAAUUCCCGGGGCAAAGAUCUCGGUGGUUGGCCGCAAAAAGGACGUAUUCGCAAGUGCCGAUGGAGAUUUUUGGAGGCUUUUACUUCCAGGAGAAUACAAAGUCAAAGUUUCAGCCGAUGGCUUCAAGACAAUGUCCAAAAGAGUCAAGGURCUAAAAGGACCAGCAACCUUGCCUAUUGAGUUUGUGCUGAAGAAAGGUAAAAACCAGAAUGAGCAACAAGACGAUUCCUCCGAAGGAUCAAAAAGCAAAGACAAAGAGAGUGACGACGGAAGCUUCGAGGUUUCACCUGAAGAUGCUCAGCAACUUAUGGCUGGUGGGGGGAUGGGGAUGCCUAGUAUGGGUGGUGGAAUGGGCGGUGGUAUGGGGGGACAGGRAAUGRUGAUGGGUGGACAAGGUGGUAUGGGCAUGAUGGGGAACAAUAUGGGAGGAAUGGGUGGUCAAGGUAUGGUGAUGGGUGGACAACAAGGUAUGAUGAUGGGUGGACAACAAGGCGGUAUGGGCAUGAUGGGAGGCGGCAUGGGUGGARGUAUKGGUACGAUGGGAGGCGGUAUGGGUGGAGGAAUGAUGAUGAAUGAUGCUCAAAUGGGUAAUAUGSCUAAUGAAAUUACAAUGGGAAUGCACGGUAAGCCGGCUCCUUCAGACGAAAAAUCAACGAACCUGCAUAAAGCCUUGGGUGGACUUGAAGAAAACGCAAGUCUUGGCGAUUCAAGUGACAGUCUUUCAAUUGGAGGACCACUCUUGGACAGCGAUCUUGAUCGUGAAGCCAUGAUGUCACCGUACGAGUCAAAUUCCAAAGACACAAACGAAGCAGCAGUUGGGAUAACUACAGAUCGAGAUUCAACGACAGACAGCCAAGCAUUUACCAAUGCCUAAAAAAAUAUAA